CGUGGCACGUGCUCUUCGAUACGGGAAUCGACAGUCGGGUAAACCGCGACCGUUUCGGUUCCACGGAGAAAGAGGAAGGAAAAGUUGUUCGUUCCCGAGAUACCAUGACUCUCGUCACGGACGCGGUAUCUUACGCGUGUCAAUCGGCCGGUAGACCGUCCUACGACGCGUACCGGCACCAACUUCGUCACCAUUAUCACCAUCAUCAUCGCUACUACCAGCAUCGACAUCAUCAUCAUCACCACUAUCACAAUCACCGUCGGCGGCGAGACGCGUACGCCGCCGCCGCCGACGCCGCCGACUGCCUACAGGGAUACCUGUCCGAGAGGAAUCUGGACGAAGAGGCGAGAAGCCGAGUGCUCGAGACGGACGAGAGCAGCGUCUCCGUAUUGGGACCGGCCAGUUCGCAGCGCUACCGGUCGCGACCAUCUCGGUACGCGGUGGACUCGGACGACGCGUCGUCGUCGGUGGCGUCGGUGGACGCAUCGGCGGACCUCGAGUCGGUCUCCGCGGAGGCCGAGGAAAGCAACGAGGGUAACGAGUCUAACGGACCGAACGAACCGAACGAAAGGAGUAACGAGUCGAACGAGAGCGAAUCGAACGAGCACGUGCCUCAUCCUCACGCGGCACUCGACGUCGACGCGGACGCCGCCGCCGUCGCUCAUGGUCCCCGCAGGUGCCUCCUCUGGGCUUGCAAGGCCUGCAAAAAGAAAACCGUCACCGUCGAUCGCAGGAAAGCUGCCACUUUACGCGAGAGAAGACGCUUGAGAAAGGUGAACGAGGCGUUCGAGGUGUUGAAACGGAGAACGAGCAACAAUCCGAACCAACGGUUGCCGAAAGUGGAGAUUCUACGGAACGCGAUCGAGUACAUCGAAGGUCUGGAAACGUUGCUGCGAAGCAACAGAUCCUCGGCAACUCAGGAACAUCACGGUUCCAGCGAGAACGCGGGCGCAGCUUCUCCGCGAUACGUGACGGAGAGACUGAGGCAGUUCUCGGACCCUUUGGCAAGGUUUCAACCCAUCAACGGAUUCGAGGCAGCGGUGGAAUCGCAGUCUCCUUCCAUCAGUGGAAGCAGCUUGGAUCGGCUGAACAUGAUCGUUCAAAGUAUCAACGGCCCCACUCGCGCCACCACCACCGAUACUCUUCGAUAUCCUUCGCAUCAAUGACGGACGCAGCUAUUCCAACGAUCGAACAACCUAACCUCGACUGUUCCUAUGGACCCACCGUUGAACGCAUCACCGAGUGGACAGCAAGUUCCUAAAAACGCAUCUCUCUCUUUCUCUCUUUCUCUAUUCUCGCGGAAUGAUUCCAGUCGUUCGCUUCCAUAUCGAUGCGUCGUCGUUCGUGAAAAACACGCCAUCUCGCCGCAACAACGACGCGUGGUAUGCGUGCUCAUAUAUACCUACAUAUACACACACAUAUACAGAUUUAUAGACAUACGCGAUAAUAAAGAUGAGCGAAAUCUUUGAAAGCUCGCAACGGAUGUGCCGCCUUGUUGCUUAACUUCUGUUCGCUUUCGUCGAAAAACGUUCCCACGCGAGCGUCGCCGAGAGGUAUUUAGUGAAGGAAAGGCAGAUGUUGCGAACGCUCUACUUACGUCCUCGUCUUCCGAACAACGAUCGCGCGACGCUUCUUCCUUCGUUCACCGGUGACAGCUGGAGUCCCGCUCGAUUUAUGAACGUGUGUUCCGACCGAGAAACCCCACUGCCGGCACGACCAAAGAACACCAACUCCGGAAACUGGCCACAUCUUUUAAGCCGGUCAAUUAGAAAGCUAGUAAAGCUUUCCUGCGAUAUCGGCACGUAUUCAAAACAUCCUGUCAAACGUCUCCCUCGAGAGAUGCAUCUUAAGCUGCUGCAUCUGUGCUCCUCCUCCUACUCUUCUUCUUCUUCUUCUUCUUCUUCUUCUUCGUCUUCUUCUUCUUCUUCUUUUCCUUCGCCGAACCCUCUUGUUAUUACUUACAUGGGAAAUCUUUCCCUUCUUUUAUCGUUCGCUUCUGUUCCCAUGUUCACGUUCCCGCCUAUCGUGUUCCGUUCCGCGUUCCCCUCGUUUCCUCCGUCCAUCUUCGUUCAGCCAGAUUUUAUACGCAAUAUCUUUAUUUACGAUCUAUUAUACCUUCCUGAUUCGUUUCGUUUCGUUGAUGCCACGGGCAUGGUAAUCGAGAAAACGAUCGAAACUAGAUCUUCUCGUGGUUCGACGUGGUUCUUUCACCUGACAGCGAAUCGUUGUAAUUAGGGGAAAAGCGAGAAAACACGUACUGGGGUUACCCAACAU